CAUUCUGCUUUAUCAACAUCUUUAAGACUUGCAGUGGAAAGAUUCAAUUUUUGCCAUUUGUCAGUUUCCCACUGCUCGCAAAAACCAAUCCUGCCUCUUAUACUUUCCACCCCAUCGUCCUCUUCAGCCCCUCCAUGCUUCUUUUCUCCCCCUACCACUUGUUCAGACAUGGCAGCCUUCCAAGCCUCUUCUUAUGAUCCUCCUUUCUCACAAAAUUACAGUUUUUUGUUCUCUGCUUCAGCUGACGCAGAACACUCUUGUAGUAGCCAUGAAAGCAGAGUCACAGCGGAAUGUGAGCUACCGCUUAUAGAUUUGAAAGACUUACAGUGUGGAAAUGAAGAGGAGAGGAUGGAUUGUGUUGCUGAGAUAGCUAAUGCUUCUUCAGAAUGGGGAUUCUUUCAGGUGGUGAACCAUGGAAUCAGCACAGAGCUUUUGAAGGAGACAAGGAGAGAGCAGAAGAGGCUUUUUCAUAGGCCGUUUGAGAAGAAGGUUGGAUCAAAGGUGUUGAAUGAGUCUUAUAGGUGGGGGAAUCCUACCGCUACUUCACUGGAUCAGUUCUCGUGGUCAGAAGCCUUUCAUGUUCCUCUUUCUAAGCUUGCAGAGGAUGGUGGUUGCUAUGAAGACGAGUUCAGAUCUCUGAGGGAGUUGAUGCAGAAGGUUGCAGGCUCCAUGUCAGAAUUGGCGAGGAUACUCGCCGGUGUUCUUGCCGAAAACUUGGGAUGUCAUGAAGACUUUUUCGCCGAAAAUUGUAGCGAAAACACCUGCUUUCUCCGCCUGAACCGAUAUCCAUCAUGUCCAUUUUCGCCCGAGACUUUUGGUCUUAUGCCUCACACAGACAGCGAUUUCCUAACAAUUCUCCACCAAGAUCAUGUCGGCGGUCUCCAAUUGAUGAAGGAUUCAAAAUGGGUCUCUAUCAAACCAAACCCAGAAGCUCUCAUAGUCAAUAUUGGGGAUCUCUUUCAGGCAUGGAGCAACGAUGUGUACAAGAGUGUGGAGCACAAGGUGAUGACCAACAGUAAAGUAGAGAGAUACUCCAUAGCUUACUUUCUUUGCCCUUCAUAUGACUCCAUCAUAAGUAGCUGCAAGGAGCCUUCUCGCUACAAGAAGUUCACUUUCAAGGAGUUCAGAAGACAAGUGCAAGAAGAUGUCAAGACAACUGGGUAUAAAGUGGGGCUCUCAAGAUUUCUUUUAUAGAAUUGUAAGUUCUAUUUUUAUUGGCUUACAAAUGAGAUAAUCUGCAAAUCUGAAACAAAAAUGAUCUUCAAGAACUACUGUGUUGUUAGACUAACAAAAGAAAAUUAAUGCACCUAACCCCCUUUCCAUGUUGGGAAAGAACCAUUCAUGUUUUUGUAAGCUUUUGCUUCAAAAAUAAGUGAUUGAGGAACUUUGGACAGCUGCUUCACUUGUUAUUUCUAGGAUUUUUCUUCAUGUUGUGAUACUGUAAAUGACUAGUUGUGUGAUUAAGAUUUCAUUUUGUAAUGCUUUUUCUCUAUAUAUUGCAAUGUUUUUUCUGUUAAAAUUUCUGUAGAAAGAAAGAAAAAACCCUCUAUAUCUCUUAUUUCAUGAUUAUUUCAUGAUUAGGGAUAAUAUAUUGUGGAGCUUUUUGUUUGAAUAUAUUUCAUCUAUUUCUCAGCAUAAUA